AGGGCUUCCUGCGGAGGGAAAGGAAGGAAGCAUGUGCAGUCAACUGCAGAGUUUGCAUCCUUUGGCUGCGGAGUUUUUGCUGCUCUUGGCACAUGUCGAGAAUGCUCUGAAGUCUGGCCGCGCUCAGGAAGCAGACUUGGAGGGUUGUGACUGGAAGAUUCGGAAGGCAAAGGUUGCUUCAUAUGAGUUAGCGCUUCGAGACCGCUUAAAGCAUUGGGAGGCUUUGCCCAUCAAUGUGGCAGAACAAUACCGCUCAAGGGUGGAGCAACUGAGUUGCAUGUUGAAGAAAGAGACACCUGCAGCAGCAGAACUCCCCCGGCUAGAGAAUGAACAAGAAGAGUGCACUUCUCAUGUCCAAAAGGACCCGCACCGACAAGCCGCACUUUCUGCGAAUGUCCAGGAACAAAACACACCAUGUUUUCCGAGAGAUGUGCCAUGGCGUCGCUCUCAAGGUCACCAAGGCACACGUUUGGAAACCAGGCCAAUUGCUACAAACGGUGAGGCCCGAAACAAUUUGGAAUCGGAAAUGGUCGACUUGGCUGAGAACAUGAAAGGAGCUGCAAAUGUGUUCCUUCAAACCUUGAAGAAAGACAACGAACGUUUGGAGGAUAUGCACUCAUCUCAGCAGCGCAGCCUUGACAAUGUGACUGCCCAUUCAGAAAGUGGCAAAAAACUACUUCGAUCCGGACAGAUGAGUUUCUUCUGCACCAUGAUUCUGCUUGCAGUUAGUGUUGUGGUGUUUUGCAUGAUGAUACCUUUCAUCGUUUUCACCUGAGCCCAAAGAAAAGGCUUUUGUGACAACUUUUCACAAUCGUCGUGUGUGAAA